ACCAUCUCAUCAUGUGGGGCCCAGUAGGCGGCGACAGACGCUGGAUCCUACGCCCUGUAGAGGCAAAACGAGCUCCUGAAAGAUAAAAACCCCGAUCUCUCUUACAUUCGAUGCUCUCGUGGACUGCGACAGAUCAUCCAUACGAGCUUCGCGACGAAAAUCCUAGAAGCCGGCUCUCUCUCCGUGGAUCGACUGGACCGACAAAAACGAAGAAUCGUCGAAGAUCGAAAUCUUUGGUAAAAUCUCCGCAUUUCAAGAUUGGGAGAGAUUCACAGCUGGAUCGGACGAGUUAGGAUGGCCCAGUUUUAGAGCAGGAAAGGAGAUGGUAGAGAGAGAUUCAGAGACAGAAAACGGCGACAGCAGUGGGGCCGACGACAUUCAAAGCGGAACCCACAAACCGGUUCUCCGGAGGGAGCCUUCCUUCUCAGGCUGGUGCGAUGAAGAUGGGAUCCAUCAGUCCGGUUGUUCUUCAGACGGUGCUGAUGUGAGUGUUGUCGAAGACACUGAUUUCGAAUUGCCUCUGCUUCAAGUUGAAGGGCUGGAAAACGGCGUUUUAAAUAGAGAGAGAGUGAAAUUAAGUAGAUUCCAGCAGAGGAGCAUGCAUUUGAACGGGGGUUCUGAUAUGGUAGAUGCGUCCAUUUGUAUGGAAGGAAUUGGGAACAGGAAGAAGUAUGUUCCAUUCGAUAUAGAAAACGAGUCUGGUAGAGAAGUGCGGGUUUCGGAAUUCAAAGGUGAAGAUGGAAAUUCAGAGAGAGUGCAAGCUCCUCAGAGCAGCAUUUCAACGGCCGCAUUGCUUCGGACAUUGUUUUACAUACUAGUGUGGUACACUUUCAGCACAUGUUUGACACUGUAUAAUAAAACACUCUUAGGCGAUAAAUUGGGGAAGUUCCCAGCUCCCUUCUUGAUGAAUACUAUUCAUUUUGGCAUGCAAGCCAUUUUAUCCAAGGCCAUCGUGCGAUUCUGGUCUCAAAAGUUGCAACCUAGUGUAAAAAUGUCAUGGAGGGAUUACUUUCUCAAAGUUGUACCAACAGCUAUUGGAACAGCGCUGGAUAUAAACCUGAGUAAUGUCUCCCUUGUUUUCAUCUCUGUCACAUUUGCCACUAUGUGUAAAUCCGCCUCUCCAAUAUUUCUCCUUCUGUUUGCUUUUGCAUUCAAGUUGGAGAGUCCAAGCAUCAAGCUUCUAGGAAUCAUAUUUAUCAUUUCCAUUGGAGUUUUAUUAACAGUUGCAAAGGAGACAGAAUUUGAGUUCUGGGGCUUCGUUUUUGUUAUGCUGGCUGCUAUUAUGUCAGGAUUUCGUUGGUCCAUGACUCAGAUUCUUUUGCAGAAAGAAGCCUAUGGUUUAAAGCAUCCCAUCACUUUUAUGAGCUAUGUUACCCCCGUGAUGGCAGUGGCAACUGCUUUGCUCUCUCUUAUAAUGGAUCCCUGGCAUGAAUUUAAAAGGAAUGAUUACUUCAGCAAUUCACAGCACAUUCUUCAUACUUGCAUGGUAUUGCUUUUAGGGGGAACUUUGGCAUUUUUUAUGGUUCUAACUGAAUAUAUUCUUGUUUCAACGACCAGUGCAGUAACGGUAACAAUAGCAGGUGUUGUUAAGGAGGCUGUUACUAUUUUGGUUGCAGUGUUUUACUUCCAUGAUCAAUUUACUGUGUUGAAGGGGAUUGGGCUCAUCAUAAUAAUGGUCGGUGUCAGUUUAUUCAAUUGGUACAAAUACCAAAAACUACAGAAAGGCCCGCCAAUCGGCAAUGAUGAAGAAAUAUGGUCACCCGCUGCCAAUGGAGCUGCAAACUAUGUUAUCCUUGAUGAGAUGGAUGAUCAGGAUGAUGCCGCUAGCACAGGAUUGCACUAGCUAAAGUAUACAGCAUAAAGUGGUCGAUAUUGCUCAAACUAUAGUUAAAUUCUUCUCCUUGGACAGGCAUGCAAGAGAUAACUGCAAUAGCUUAUUCCAGUUGCGUGAAUUUCUUCAUGGAGGAUAAUUGAUCCAACCACGAGAACAGUUUGUAUCGAUGCUGCUAGACAGGCUAUGUAUUCUCCUUCCAUCCCAGUCACAGAAAGAGCUUUCUAAACUUUUCCACCACGAACGCGCACUUCUACUGAUAUCUGACAACAUUGUUUUUCCUUCUAUAAGCUUGUCUAUAUUUACAGUCUUCACUGAGAUCGCCAACAACAAUGGGCAGGUCACAUGAAGCAAACCUAACUAUUUCAAGGCAUUUGGAUGCCUAUAAGCAGGAGCAAAUGCGGUAUUUAUUUGUAUUUUUAUGCAUUUUAUUGGAGUACUAUUGAUAGAAAUCAAAUAUGCUCUCAGCACUCUUUUAGUUUAUCAUUUUACAAUUGUUGUCCUUUCCAUGGGAAAAACUUUCUGAGGUUGUACAAUAUGAAAGUGGAAAGCUGGAAUAGAUUGAAAAGUUAUUGUUUCCAUGAAUUGAAAUGCCACUCUCAUGUGACACCGGCUUACCUUUGGCUUUGAAAGCCAUGAAACUAUUUUGUAACACUCAAGACAGAUUGCAAUGCACACAUAUUCAAUGAAAUGAGCUUGACCAUGUAAGUCUGUUUGCUUCAA